GGUAAAAACAAGGUCAUACCCGGAAGAAUGACAAAUGUUUAAUGUUGAAGGGGUUUGCAGACAGAAACUGGACCAAAAUGGCGUCAUACUUUGAUGAGCAUGACUGUGAGCCCACCAACCCCGAGGAGCAAUAUCGACAGAAUGCUCUACUUGAACUGGCCAGGUCUUUAAUGCAGGGCUUGGACCUGAUGGACUCUGGGGUGUUUGACUUGUCAGACUGGGACCAGCGGCUUCCUCCUCCAGCUGCCAAAGCUGCUGUUCAGACCCUCACGGUGGUGGUGGUUUCUCCUGAGCAAGCAGACAAGGGUCUAAAGUGUCCGGUGUGUUUGCUGGAGUUUGAGGAACAAGAGACGAUUCGAGAAAUGCCUUGCAAACACCUUUUCCACUCAGGAUGCAUACUGCCUUGGCUGGGCAAGACCAACUCCUGUCCACUCUGUAGACUUGAAUUACCGACUGACAAUCCAGAAUACGAGGAGUUUAAAAAGGACAAGGAGAGAAGAAAACAGAGGGAGCACCGUUUAGAGGACCUACAUGGUGCCAUGUACACCUGAAGUCUUCCCUACAACAAACGCUUCAAGACUUGCUGCAUUCAUACUCAUUUGGAGAGAGUCUAAUUCAAGCACGGAGAUGAAAUUGAGUUAAAUAUAUUGGAUUUAUAAUAGAUGUAGUUAAAAAAAACUAUAAAAUCAGGAAGUAUUGGACAAACAGAGACCAUGGUUGCUUCAAUCAUGAAAAAACAAAUUGAGAAAGAAAACGUUUCAUAAAAUGAAACCUCUGAAUCUGUUUAUGAUGAUGUGUGAUUGAGUGUAGCCACGGUGGAGAGAUGAGGCAGCAUCAUUUGGUGUAACGAGGCAUGAAUGUAGCAAAAGCAGCACGACGGCUGAAUAUUUAGAAAAAAAAUGUUUUGUUUUUUCUUUACAUUUUAAAAUGCUAAGCCUUCUGAAGCCUGUUGGUCGAAAACCUUUAUUUCUUACUGAAAUUUGUAAAGUUAAGGUGCAUAAAUGCUGCACUUGUCAAAAAGAAAUAUUUAUGAAAGUUCAUUAUGACUUUUUUACUGUUAUGUCAACAAAAGAUGUUUCAAAUCGUU